AAAACCCACAAAUCCCCAUCCCUUAUUUUUAUCAAAUCAAACCCACAUCUUGUCUUCAUCCACCUUCCCUCCCUCCCUCCAUUCAACCAAAUAGGGAAAGAAAGUACAAUGGCAGCUAUGCCCGGCAGCUGCUUGGAGUCCACUGGUAGCACCUCGUCCUCCUCCUCCCCCGUCAAUAACAUCGGAAAAAGUAUCAUGUUAUUCGGUGUCAGAUUGAUGGAAGGCGGAUCUUCCUUCAGGAAGAGUGCGAGCAUGAAUAAUCUAGCUCAGUUCGACUGCCAGCCUCCAGAUUCCAAUACAGAUGCCGCCGGCUACGCCUCCGAUGAUGUCAUUCAUCCUUCUGCUCGUUGCCAUGACCGGAAAAGAGGAGUGCCAUGGACGGAGGAGGAACACCGGCUGUUUCUGGUGGGGUUACAUAAGGUUGGGAAAGGAGAUUGGAGAGGAAUCUCAAGGAACUUCGUUAAAACACGAACACCGACUCAAGUUGCUAGCCAUGCUCAGAAGUACUUCCUCCGCCGGAACAACAACAAUAACAGGCGUCGCCGGAGAUCUAGCCUAUUUGACAUCACCACCGAAACGUAUACAAAUUCUUCACCGGAAGAUGAGGAAAAACACCCACUAUCUUUACUUCCGGCCACCACCGGAGAUGAUAAUUCAGUGAUGAGCCCCUCGACACGUGUACUCAUUCCCCCAUCAACAAAAAUGGCCAACCUUAACCUAAACUCAACCGAGGAGGAGGAGGAGAUUGACCACCAACCCUCCUCCUUGGCGUUGACUCUACACCUCUCCCUCCAACAUCAACCAUCCACGUCAUCCCCACCACCAACUAAUACCAUGGCCAAGUUUCAAGAUAUUUCUGGUGGCUUUAAUAACAAUAGUGGGGAUACCAAUACCAUUAUUAGUGUCGCAUAGUUUGAUCAAUAAAUAAAUACAUAAUAUGUGAUUAUUAUUAUAAUAAUACGUUGCGGGUGUUUGUAUUUGUAAAAGUGGAAGACAAAAAUAAAGACUUAUGAUAAGAUUAACUAGGGUUUGAUUUUAGGGAUUAUAUAGGGGUGGUUAGCUAUGUAUAAU